CUCCGUGUGGAUGAAUUACAACGUGCUUUUGCAUCGCUAACUGAAUACAGCUGCCAGGUAUAAAAGGGGGGCAAAGGUUGUAGGUGACAGUUCAUCAAUAUGAAGUGUCUAGUAAUCUUGGCUGUUGCUGCUUUUCUUCAGACCUCUCUAGGCCCUGACUUCACAAGUGCAUUCCCUACUGAAGCUAAGGCAAAAUCAGCAGCAGAAUUAGAGUCUGGUGGCGCUGAUGACAAGGUUGCAGCUCAGUCAGAAGCAGCUGCGUCUUCAGGAGUCGAAGGUUCAGUUGGAUCAGCCGGAGCCAAGAGUGAGGUAGGAGUCAAAGGAGACGAAAGUAGUGCGGCCGCCAAAGCUGAAGCCUCAGCCAAAACAGCCAAGUCCCGAUUUUACGGAGGAAGAGCUUCAUCUCAGUCUGGAGCCAUGGCUGGAGGUUAUGGAGGUCAAGGAGGUUACGGGGGCGGUGGAGCAGCCGGUGCUGCUUCCAAUGCUAAUGCUGGGUAUGGCGGCUAUGGUGGAUAUGGUGGUUAUGGUGGAUAUGGUGAAUCUGCAGCCUCCAGUGGUGCAAUGGCGGGAGGAUAUGGUUACUAAAUGAUUGCUAUGCACAAAUAUUACUUAUAUGCAUAAUUAUUUAAUAAAUAAAUUCCUCGAAAAUAGUUUUUUUUUUUCA